UGUCGUUAACUGCUGUCAAGUUGAGUGAGGCGUAGACAACCUAGUUUAACAUACCUGGAUGGGUCACUCUAUACAACGUCAAGCAUGUUGUAGUGGAUAUACAUAUAUAUGUAGAUUUGACUGAAACCAGUUGCCCCCCUUAACUGGAGGUGGUUCAGGCCACUACAAAAUGGCUUAUUAUUCUGCCUCCUUGAAUUCUGAAGCUCGCAGCAAAUCGAGCUCCAAGAGUAGUGAUGAUGUUUUCUAUGAAAGUAAGAGACUGGAAGCUGCCCACAUAGUUGACCUUCUGCUGAAAGAAAUAGUCUAUUUAACAGGUGGAAGAGACAAAGAAGGGGGUCCAAUUUUGACUUUCCCAAUGCACAGGGAGCCUGUGACUUUCAACCAAAAGGACAUAUAUGAUUGUAUUGAAUAUUUGUCACAAAUUCCAAGUGAAGAAUCUCAAUGGCAAGGAUUUACAGUGAUUAUUGACAACAGAUCAGAAACCUGGUCAGAUUUGUAUUAUCUUCUGGAGGUUUUAAAGAAAUCACUACAUGAACAAUUAAAAAGAAUUUUAAUACUGAAAACAUCUCCUGAAGAUAAUCCUGGACGUUUGAAUAUAGACAUUGCUGACAGGAUUCAGUAUGUCACAUUAAAACAGUUGACAAAUUUUAUAAGUCCCUACCAACUGACUGAAAAUCUUGGUGGACAGUUACCUUUUAAACACAGCCAUUGGCUUCAGAAUCGUAUGGAUUUUGAAAAGUUCAUGAAAGACUCUAAAUCAGCUUCAAAUCACUUGGAUCAUGCUGAAGCUCAGAUCCACCGGGUUUCUGCUAAAGAUAAUUCUUUAAGUCCAGUUGCUGAUUUGAAGAGACGCCAUAAAUGGAAUAAUACUGUGAUGUCUGUACCUGCAAAUGUUAUUAAUUAUGGGAAAAUUCUGUUGAAUCAGUUGCAGAAAAAUGGUGAACAGUCUUUCAGUAGUGAAGAAGAUACAGUAUUUACCUUAGACAAUUUAGAAACUCAGAAACAAGUGAAACGAGUUAUCCAUUUUUUGGAGAGAAAAAUGGAAAGAUUGCUUCAAAUCCAGGAAAAUGAAACUCACUCAGCUGGAAGGAAAGAAAUAAUUUCAGAAUUACAAAUUUCUAUAAGUACGGUUGUUGACUGGAUUCUUGGACCUGGUGAAAAACUACUUUCGUGCAAUAUUGAUAUUGGAGAUACAUGUGAAACAGCUGAAAAAUUCAGGAAAACACAUGAAGAAUUGCAGAUCAAGUGUGCUGAAACAUACGGAAAUUAUGCUGAAUUGCGGCAUAAAGCAGAAAAACUUGUUGAAGAGGAUCCAAGCUGUUCUGAUGAUAUCCUUGCACAAAGAGACUAUAUGGAUACAGUUUGUCGGAGUUUUGCUAGCAGAUUAGAAAGACGCAAGAUUCUGUUAAUAACCUCAGUUCGGUUUCAUCGUUUUGCUGAAGAUUUAUCAUCACAUUUGGAUGAGUUGUUGGAGUUUCUAUGUUCUGAAACCAAACCUGAAAAUUCUGCAAUGGCUGCAACUGAACUUAAUGAUCUCAAUGAGAAAUGCAAAGAAAUAGACCAGUUAGCUAUUCAAACUCUAAAUGAUGGACAAAGUCUCUUAGAUGAAAUGUCUCGGCCAAUGAAGAACUCUAUUGGGGUUGAUAUCACACCAGAUUAUGCUAGCCAAAUAAAAUACAUCAAUAAAAGUGUUGAAGAUUUACAAGAAAGAAAGUUACGAUGUGAUGAACUUGCUGAUGUUCGACGACUUAAAAUGCAGCAGAUCCUGCAGCUUUUUACAUGUGAAAAAGAUGCUGACCAGGCAGUCCAGUGGAUUUUAGAGUUGUGUGAAGUAAUGGUGAAAAAUCACACUGAAAUGGGUCAGUCUAAAGAAGAUGCUGAAAAACUACAAGAUGACCACAAACGGUUUGAGUCCACAGCUCUUGAGACCUACCAUUAUGGAAAAGAACUCUUAGAAGCUGCUCUCUUUCUAAGACGAUCAUUAAGAUACAAUUUGGAUGGCAAUAAUUUAAUUGCUGAAAAACUUGAAAGAGCUUGGAAGAAAUUUUCUCAGGGAACUUUAGAACGGACCAACCGUCUUACUGUAUCAGUUAUGUUCAUGACUUCUUCUGAUGAGAUUCUGAAUCGUAUUGAUGAAUUGUUCACAACAAUGUUUGAUCUGACUGAACAUUCAUUACCAUUACAACCUGAAGUAAGGAAUAAACAUCAAACUCUCAAUGAUAAACUUUCAGCUGAUGCCCAGGACACCAUUGAAAUGGGUAAAGCUUUACUACAAAGACUUGCUUUGCCAAUAAUAGUACUGGACGAAAGCAGUGAAAAUAUCAUAAAAGAAGAUGCCAAAGCUUCAAGUAUUAUUAUGGCACGAUUACAUAAAAUAGAACAAUCAUUAGGUGAACUAAAUGAAUUAUGGACUGAAAUUAACUCAAUUUCUUCAAAUAAACCAAAGGUUUAUCCAAGAUCAAGCGAAACUCAAAAAGCAAAACCGCAAUCUCAGAGGAAACCCUCUUACCCACCAGAAAGAAAGCGUGAACAGACUGAACAAAUUCUCUCUUCUCAAAAUCAGUCUUUACAUAGUUCCAGGAAAAAUCUUUCAAAUGACAAUUAUAUUAAUGAGAAUGUUGCAAACAUAACUGAUAGAGAUGUGCAGGAAAUAAUUCCUUCUGAGCCAUACAUGUCCUCUGUUAUGACUGCACCAUAUGAAUUCAAUAAUGCAGCCCAGAAAGAUGAUGAUCUUCUUCAAAGGUUGCAAGAUAGUGGAGACUGGAUACAAGUUCGAGUGCACCAAAUGGAGCCAGAUAUCAUGGAUAUUGGAUCCAACUUCGAAGAAGCUCAAAGACUCCAUCAAGAGCAUAUUGCCCUCCUUAGUCAGUUGCAGGCUAAGGAGGGGGAAAUCAAGCAAUUACUAGCAAAAGCUGAUACAAAUGUCACCGAAAGAGGAGAAUCCCAACGUGAUGUCUGUGCUGCUAUGGCAGAGACUCUAGGGGAGGCCUGGAAGGAUCUUAACGCCAAACUUGAAUUCCGUGGGAAACUUCUGGAACAGAGUGUGGCUUUUCAUUCAAAUGCUAAUGAGUUUGGAAUCCAACUUGAUCAAGCCUUGAAAAUGUGUCUUGAUUUAACCUUUCCCAAAGAUGUUGAAAGUGUGGCAAAUAUGCUCCAACAACAUUUAGACCUCAAGAAAAGCAUUCUUGAAUCAUCAAAACACACUCUAGAUUUAGGGCAACAACUCCUUGACAAAGUCAGAAAAAUGGGCAUGCAUGCGGACCAGCAAAACCGCCAUGCAACAACAGCAGCCUGUUAUGGAAUAGAACACAUCCUUGAGAACCUUCAUGACCGACGUAGAUACCUUGAAGAAAUGUGGGCCCAAAAGAAAUUGCAACUUGAACAAUGCCUACAACUAUGCAAACUUGACCAAGAAGUCAACAAGAUAUUGGAAUGGUACCGCAUGGUUGGCGAAGUAUACUUACAAAGAACUGAUCUGGGAGUUUCAUCCGAAACAACCCAAACUGAAAUUGAUACCUACCACAAAUAUGAACAAGAAGGAAUAGUAUGUAAAAUCUUCAUAACUAAUUUUGUUAAAUAUUUAAAAAAAUUUCCUCUUUUUACAUGCUAAAAUACUUUAGAUUAU